UUCCUCCACCGCUAAAUCAUAACCAACACAAACACCUUCUCCCUAUAAUAAUCGCUCCCAACACAGAUUCAUCUCCACAUCAAUCUUCUCUAUUUUCCUCUCUCUCUGUUCUUGUUCUUUUUUCCACAACCAAAUUAAUCGCCAAAAAAAAAAUGGGUUGUGGAAAAUCUAAGCUCAAUGUUGUUGCCACCUCCACCCUCCUCAGCAAGAAAUCAAGCGUUAGUUCCAAGGAAGCCGAUGCAAAAUCAGUGGACAAAAACAACGAUGUGAAAGUUGAAAAUGUAAAUUUGGAAGUCGAAGAAAAGAACGACGAAAAUGUCAAAGAUAAGGAUGUUGGUGAGUCCAACAAAGAUUCUGAGGUAGCGAAGGUAGAAGAAGAUAAGGCAUUGGAGAAGAGCCAUGAAGCUGAAGAGAACAAGACAGAGGAAACUGUCGUUGCCGUUGCCGUUGCCGUUGUCGAAGAACCAAAAGAGCCUUUGAAGGAGGAGGAAGAACACAAAGUGAAGGAUGUUGCUGUUGCUGCUGCUGCAGAAGAACAACCAAAGGAACAAAAACCAGAGGAACAACCAAAGGAUCCAGAACACCAACAACCAGAAGAACAACAACCAGAGGAACAACAACCAAAGGAACAGAAGGGAGAUGAAAAUGAGAAAGAGGAUGUCAAGGGAGAGGAUUUGGUGAAGGAAGAGCAAAGCAAAGACACAAAAGAAGAAACCUUGGUUAAGGAAGAGGAAGUUAAAGAAACAAAAGACGAGGAGAAGAAUCUGGUGAAGGAGAAAGAGCCUGAAGUUGCAAAUGUUGCAACCACAACCUCUUAAAGUGAACAGAAAGAUCUGAAUUUUUGAGCAGGCACGAAUGAACAAGCAGAAAAGGAUGAAAUGGGAUGAGAGUUACAUCACCUGAAUUAAUUAUUGUGGUUGCAUUGCAAGUGCAGGGUGUUUCCUGUUCAUAUUAGUCAUUUUCUAACGAUGAUUAAGUUGGAAAUAGCUUGAACACAGUGCCCAUUGUUCAUGUCUAUGGUGAUUAGCUUUUGUUCAUUUUGUGUUCGUCUUGCAUAUGAUUUUCCUUUCCUCUGUCCUCUCCCAACAUUAUACUAUUAUUAUAUUAUACACUCCACAACAAUUACUA